AUGCGCCAAAACCGGCGGGUCUUCCCUUCACGACACCAUCUCACGUGGCAGGUUACCCUGCACCGCGACCAUUGUCUCCAGGAACGCUGCGCGGAGCACGUCAAGUUGUGCUGGGAUUGGCUUUGGUAUCUCCAGCGCCCCGCCUCCCUCGGCCGCCUGCACACCGCCUCCACGUCCGACCCAAGCACUCCGCUCAACUUCUAUGGCGGCUUUCCUAACAAAUGCCGUCCUACCGCGGCGAGCUCGACUGUGCCAGCCGCCGCACCGCGCGCGCAGGCUCACAACGGCUCGGUCCCGAUCGACGCGCUAGACCUGACGUACAGCGCGGAGGAGUGGGUGCCGGAGCUUGUGGACGAGGACGCGCACGAUGGGCAGCGACCCCGCGGCCGGAAUCUCCGCGGCACUGCCAGGCCCCGCGAGUACGACGAGUGCCGCGACGGCACCGCAGGCGACACCACGCGCUCACGGCGGACGCGCAGCACGAGCACGCCGAGAUCGAGGAGGUCCCGGGGCACGCUGCGGGCGCCGCGGCUACGGUCGGGCCAGCCCACGCGGCCGCACUGGCAAGGCACAGCGAGGCGACGACGGCGAGAAGCAGGGGCAGAUCUAGACAAUCGCGAAAUCACUGAUCGGUGUACGAAUCGCCCUCAGCAGUGCUGUCCCAAUGGGGAAGAACAAAGACAGUGUUUCUUUGGAAGAGUCUCAAGGGCAUAUGAGCUUGAGGGUAGGAGUAUGGCUCUAGCUAUAGGUCCUUCGGCAAAUUUCCCUUGUUUUCAAGAGGUGAUCCGGGGCUGGAGCGCAUGUCAAUGCGAAAGAUCGCUCGACAUAUACGCGUGCUACGCGGUGUACUGGAGGAAUACCAAAGCAAUGAUGGUUGCGUCCGAAUUCGAAGUGAACCAGGUUUGCAUCAUGUCGUUCGUCGGUUUCCAGAAACUAACGGUGCUGCAGAACAUCGAACUCAACAAGAUAUUGGAGGAACACUGCAACAAGCAGAGGAGCUUGUACGAGUGA